AUGGCGGCCUACUUACCGCGGAAGGUGAUACGGAAUGCCGUUCUGCUCGUGAAUGUUGUAUUCCUACUGCUUUUGUGCUACCUUCUAUUCUGGCUGGGGUCGGACGUGCUGCAGCGAGAACAGCACGGAGGGGGGGCAAAGAUAACACGCAAACCGGUGAUGCCGCCGGAGCUGGCGCCGGAGCUGGCGCCCAUCGCGGAGGAGUCGCUGGUGGUGAAUCUGGGCAAGCUGCACUGCUUCCAUCUGUGGGGGCUGCCGGAAGCGUGCUGGGCUUUUCAGCGCGUGUUCAGGCGGACGGCAUUCGACAUGGUGGCGCAACGGACGUGGGUGCCGAAGAACCUAAUCGUGUCGCGCGCGGCGAGCCGGUUCGGGCGGUCGGAGUACCUGUACUACGACUGGAUCACGGUGGGGCAGCUGGCGGAGAUGUCGCAGGAGGGGCUGCCGCCGGGGUCGCGCGGCAUUGUUGAUAUUUCGGCGCGGAAGCUGGAGAACUCGGUGUCGGUGGGGAGGCUGUACGUGGCGACGGAGCCGUGGGACCUGGCGCAGGUGGGCCGGGGGCGCUACGUGAGCGCGGUGACGGCGCUGUUCGGAGAGGACUGCGUGGAGCCGCGGAUCAACUGGCGGCGCGAUGACACGCCGUACAGGAACAACGGCGGGAUGCCGGUGUACGUGGACGUGGCGCGGGCACAGGUGAACUCGGUGCAGGAGAAGCCGCGGCUGCGGGUGGACCCGGAUGGGAAGUUCAAGGUAGUCCAGCUGGCGGACCUGCAUCUGGUGCCCGGCAAGGGCGAGUGCCGAGACGAGUUUCCGCCGACGGAGAACUGCGAAGCAGACGUCAAAACGAUGAAGUUCGUGAACGACGUGCUGGAUAUCGAGCGGCCCGAUAUGGUUGUCUACACGGGGGACCAGAUCACCGGGGACCUGUGCGAUAACGACGCGGAGACGCCUCUGCUGAAGGCGUUCGCGCCCGCGAUCCAACGGCGGAUACCGUUCGCUGUCAUCUGGGGCAACCACGACGACGCCGGCUCGCUGAACCGGCUGCAGCUUUCUCAGUACGUGGAAGCGCUGCCGUUUUCGCUGUUCAAGAUAGGGCCUCGCGAUACUAUGGACAGAAGUUUCGGGAUGGGCAACUACGUCCACCAAGUGCUGGGGGAGAAUGGGCACCCGGAGAUCACGUUUUACUUUGUGGACACACACUCGUACGCGCCGAACCCGCGAGGGCGCCGCGUGUACGACUGGGUAAAGGAGGAGCAGUGGCAGUACUUCGAAGAUUGUCACGCCAAACUCGAACACACGGAGCUCUCGCUCGCAUUUUUGCAUAUACCGCUACCUGAAUACUUGGAUGUCAAGUCGAAGAAAGAUCCGCAGAAGUACAACCAGUUCUUGGGCACUUUCCGGGAAGGCGUGACUGCGCCGAGACACAAUUCGGGCGGUGCUGAAAGGUUGGCGAGACUAGGCGUGUCUGCUGUCACCGCCGGGCAUGAUCACUGUAACGACUACUGCUUGCAGACCGACUUCCGCGAUAUCGAUCCGAAGAUAUGGAUGUGCUAUGGCGGAGCUGCCGGAGAAGGUGGCUAUGGGGGAUAUGGCGGCACGGAGCGCCGCAUCAGGAUAUUUGAGAUAGAUACUAGAGAGAAAAGAAUCGAGACGUGGAAAAGACUCAACAGUUCACCAAACGAUAAAUUUGAUGCCCACCUCAUUUAUCCUUGA